UUUGAAGUAUUGCGCAUGGAGGCCGAUUUUCUGGUUGGAAGAGCAAACAUGACAAUGAGUGGUUUGUACAGAUGCACCCGACAAGUGAAGGACGGUGUCAUAAAUUAUAAUUAUACUAGUGAAGAACAAAUUGCUGUAAAAGAGCUGUUCUCCAAACCAGUGAUGAAAGUGAAUCCCAAUCAUCUGACAGAAGGAGAUCACAUGACCAUAACAUGUGACACAAAGCUCAGCCCACACAGAGAGACUACAGAGCUACAGUUUGUUUUCUACAGAAAUGGGCACAAUGUGCAGGGAUUCAGUUUAUCCAACCAAUAUGGAGUCCCCUCAGCUCAGCUGGAGGAUUCUGGGAAUUAUACCUGUGAGGUACAAACUCCAACCGGCAGUGUGAGGAAGACAAGUGACUCAAAAAAUAUCCAGAUAAAAGUAUCACAUCUAUAA